GCCUUUAUUUACCCACAGUUCUCCGUUGGAAACAUUGCGAUGGCUGCUCCAGAAAUGUCAGCUCUGCUGAAAAGGAGCAAAAGAAGCGUCGCCGUGCAUAUGAAAACAGAAUGUUCAAAACAGCAUGAACCACAAAAAUUAACAGAUUUAUUAGAUCACCUUCUGAAUCCAGAGAAGCCGAUAGAUGACUUUGAAACUUUAGAUUGGUGCCGUUGGUUGAUAUCAGGGGGGAGCACCUUUGAGGAAUUCACAAAAACAGUAAGACAAUAUGAUAAUGCAGUGACAUGUGGUCUAGUUUGGACAGCCAACUUUGUGGCAUACAGAUGUCGCACAUGUGGUCUUUCGCCUUGCAUGUCACUAUGUGCUGACUGUUUUCAAGCCGGUAACCAUGAAGGACAUGACUUUAAUAUGUUUCGAAGUCAGGCAGGUGGAGCCUGCGACUGUGGAGAUGUCAGUGUUAUGAAUGCAAGCGGAUUUUGCCCAAGACAUGGGCCAGAAAGACAGAAAACCCAACCUCACACACCAGGUGAUUUACUAUCAGUUGCUGAAACUAUGAUGCCAAGGGUAUUCUUGAGACUUCUGUACCAUCUAAGAGAUAAUUCUAAACCUGAGUCAGUGGACACAUAUUCAGUGGCAAUGCAGGAUGCAGAACAGUUCCUUACGUUUUUACACGGCCUGAGUGAUAUGGGAGCCGCCAUGCGUAGAGUGAUGGCAAACGCUUUAACCAAACCAGAAUUAUAUGCUCAACUUACAGCAGUAUCUGAAAGUCCAGGAGAAUCAAAAUGGUACUAUGUCAGGAGUAAAGCUAACUACGAUACAGCCGUAGGGUCACUUAUCUAUCCUCACGGUUUCGCAGAUUACGAAGACAUGCCAGGGCUAAAUCAAAAAUUGGUGCACACAACCUUGUUGGAGGAGUUGGUAUUUUGGACAGUCAAGUUUGAAUUCCCACAGAAAAUUGUGACUUUACUUCUUAGUCUUCUACCAGACUUGAGUUACAAGGAAGCUUUUACCCGUGCAUUUAUCCAGCACUACAGUAGAAUAUCUCGUGUUCUGGUCAACGCUCUAGACCGUCAGACUGUCGCCAACCGUGUUGUACAUAUCAGUGUACAAUUAUUUAGUAACGAGAGUUUAGCGUGUCAGAUGGUGAAGGAGUACAACCUGCUGUAUAUUCUCAUUCUUAGCCUUAAUCAUAUGAUAGAGGGAAUACUCACAGAAAGUACUUUACAAGAUGCUCAACAGAACUUCCACAUGGUAGUAGAUUGUAGUCAUGAAGCUAUGAAGGAACAUUGUUACUGGCCAAUCAUCAGUGACCUGAUCAAUUUACUGUCACAUAAAGAGAUAGCGCAUCAAUUUCUCUCCGACAGUAAACUCGUCUCCAUGUGGCUGGAACUCUUGUCAUACUUUCAAGGUAUGAACUUGAAUCAACGAGAGCUUCACCAGCAUGUGGAAUUCGAACCAGACACCUACUAUGCAGCAUUUUCGGCUGAAUUAGAAAUUGCAGCUUCCCCAAUGUGGAGUCUGAUAUCACAUUUAAGAAAUCAGGACACAAUAACUCUGACAAAGACAAUGAUACAGGUGUGUCAAGAUACUCUACAGGACUGGUUUGAUGCUAUCUGCUGUAAGGAAUCAACAAAUCCUAAUCCCCUUCAGUUGACCUUCCACCUGCCGUUGCAUCGUUACCUAGCAACGUUUAUGGUACAAGCAGUUCAGUAUCAGAAACAGGAUCUGUUGUCGAUCAUACCCCCGGAGAGAAUGCUCAAAAGUUUACUCACACAUCUACUGCAGAUACAAGUUGCUACAACAGAAGUAUUCUGUAAUAUGUGGGUACGGAAUGGUAUGCAGAUUAAAGGGCAAGCCAUGACAUACGUACAGUGUCAUUUCUGUUACUCUAUGGUAGACGCUGAUAUCUAUCUCAUGCAGGUGUGUGCAAGUAAAUUGGAUCCUGACUACUUUGUACAGGCUGUUCUUGAUAGGUUUCACAUCAGUGACUGGAUGUCGUUUGACCCGAACCCUAGUGCACGCAGUUACAAGAUGGAGAAAGAACAGGAGCUUUCUAUGGUAGAAGGAGCACUGCAGUUCUUCACCAUGUUGCUUCAUGUUCGAACUUACCUUGGGAUGACAGAUAAAGAACUUACACGCCUGGAGAUGUGUACAUUAUUGUUUGUCAAUGACCGACAGCACAGUCAGUUGAUGGACUUGAUGCCGGAGAAGUCCGGUAUGACGGGGCAUGGUAAAGAUCUGUUUGAACCCACCCUGAAAGAUGUGGCAAACCACAAAGCACCAAACUUUGAACCUGGAGCUGGCCUUCAGCAGGGGUCAUACCAGCCAAAAGAUGAGAUUUGGGAGCAAGAGUUUGAUCCAGUAACAUGUGUUAUUGAGGGCUGUGUUAUAAGAAUGAUUUCCAGUCAGCAUGGAAGAUACACCGAAUUUUUAAGGAAGAAGAGGAAUUUUAAGGGGAAAAGUCAGCCAUGGCCGCCAUUUAAACCACCAGGGGAGGUGCUAGAGUGUUACCGGUCCAUGUAUAGAAUACUACACUGUAAAACACUACAUUCUUUACUGUUUACAGUCUUACAAAAGACAUUGAAGGAUGCCACCAUACCAGAGAGUAUUAGUUAUUAUGCCAUACAUUUGUUAGAACUAGCUGUUACUGUCCCAAAUCCAGGCAAUCAUAGGAGGAUGAAGCCGUCACAAGCGUCCGUCCCAGAUAGAAACUACAAGGAAUGGUUCUCAGGUAGCGAUAUCUUCCACAAUAUAAGGGAGACAAUCAGAGAUGUGGAGAUACCUCUACUACACAUGAAUCUAGAGCAAGAAGGACCGAUGUCCAUGACGAUUGAUACGUCGUUUGAGGAAAUGUUUCAGUUAGCGCCUAGUGUGCUUGCAGGUCCGAGUGGUCCUAUCACAGCAGCUCACUCAGGUCAGAUACCUACAAUACUCUCCACCAUGCACUCCAGCACUGCCGGCACCCAGACAAACCUGCUCACUGUACAUCCGUCCACCAGUUCUGCCUUACCCAAGUUUGACUCUCGAGGCAUCAGCACGGAAGCACCGAAAACACAACAUAUACCAGUGAAUGAAAGCUUAUUAACAAUACUAUUCAAACUUCAUGCCAAGAUGGCAGGAAAAGGUAACCUAUACAUCCCAGCUAGUGUGUCAGCUAAAACAUCUCAAGAUACCAGUGUCGGUGAUGGGGCACAUUUUAUAAAUCGUUUGUUGGAUAAGCUAUGUACAAAGAAUAGAGAUUGUGCCAGGGCAGUAGAAGAUCUUUACAACUCCCAGCGACCUAAAGAAGGAGCAAUUCCUAAGAAAGGAAAGGCAACUGAUCCUGAAUCUAGGAGAAGAAAGGCAAGAGAACGCCAGCAAAAACUGAUGGAGGACUUUGCUAAUAAACAGAAAGCAUUUAUGAAGCAAGCUAUGGACACAGGAGAUGGUGUAGAUGCGGGACCAUCGAGAAGUUCCGAGUCAUUUGAUGAUAUGUCGGAGGAGAUGGAGCAGGAGGAAAGUUACGAUUGUGUUAUAUGUAAUCAGAGUACCCCGUCCACCGGUGACAGACCCAUUGGUCUUGUUGUCUUCCUACAGUCGUCCAGUGUAUUAGGUCAUAGACCACAGACAGACACACGGAAAGUUUUGACGCUGGGUGACAAAACGAGGCAGAGAAUUACAACUUGCUCCAGAGUUCAAACAAAACGUCUGGAAACACUUUUCAAGCAUUUCGAAGAAACUUCCUGCCAGACAUCAGUCAAUAUUGGCUGGGAGGGUGGGGUGUUAGUACAGACAUGUGGACAUUACCUGCAUUUAGAUUGCCAUACUUCUUAUAUUAACUCCCUGCUGGAACAAGGAGGUCAAUAUAACCUGCUGGUCAGUAAGGGAGAGUACUCUUGUCCCCUAUGUCUACAAUUGUCUAAUUCUGUGAUACCUAUUCUACCGGAGGAAAACAAGUACACGGUCACGAAGCCGGUUUCAAGUGACCCAAAACAGAUGGUGCGAGACCUGGCCGAUAUGAUGGUGAAACG